CGCGGGAGGCGGCAAGAUGGCGGCGGCGGGGCCCGAAUCGGGGGGCAGCAGCGGCAGCAGCGGCGGCCUCGGGGAUUUCAGCUUUUUGUGCUGCUCGGUGAUGUCGUUCCGAAGAGGGCCGUCUGCCAUCAAAAAGUCGCUCACCCCAGAGAUGCCAGGCUCUUCAGGGCAGCCGGGCUCUCAGACGAUAAAGAAGGGGCACAGAGGGGUGGAUUCCACGGGUGAGACCACCUACAAGAAGACAACGUCAUCAGCCUUGAAAGGUGCCAUCCAGCUGGGCAUCACACACACGGUUGGGAGCUUGAGCACUAAACCUGAAAGAGACGUUCUCAUGCAAGAUUUCUACGUAGUAGAAAGUAUUUUCUUCCCAAGUGAAGGCAGUAACCUCACCCCAGCUCACCACUACAACGAUUUCCGCUUCAAAACCUACGCGCCGGUGGCCUUCCGAUAUUUCCGGGAGCUGUUUGGGAUCCGGCCGGACGAUUACCUGUACUCGCUCUGCAGUGAGCCCCUCAUUGAGCUCUCCAACUCUGGGGCCAGUGGAUCCCUCUUCUACGUGUCCAGCGACGACGAGUUUAUCAUCAAGACAGUUCAACACAAAGAGGCAGAGUUCUUGCAGAAGCUGCUUCCUGGCUACUACAUGAACUUGAAUCAGAACCCAAGGACGCUGCUGCCCAAGUUUUACGGCUUGUAUUGUGUCCAAGCCGGGGGCAAAAACAUCCGCAUUGUGGUGAUGAACAACCUGCUGCCACGUUCUGUGAAGAUGCACCUCAAAUACGACCUGAAGGGCUCCACCUACAAACGCAGGGCGUCCCAGAAGGAGAGGGAGAAGGUCUUCCCCACCUACAAGGACUUGGAUUUUAUGCAGGACAUCCCCGAUGGCCUCUUCUUGGACUCAGACAUGUAUAAUGCUCUGUGCAAAACGUUGCAGAGAGACUGUUUGGUCCUGCAGAGUUUUAAAAUCAUGGAUUACAGUUUGCUGGUGGCAAUCCAUAACAUGGACCUGGCACAGAGGGAGCACGCGAUGGCAGACGGGACGUCCCAGGCCGACACGCGGCGCCCUGCGGCGCAGAAAGCCCUGUAUUCCACUGCCAUGGAGUCCAUCCAGGGGGAGGCCCGCAGGGGAGGCACCAUAGAGACAGACGACCAGAUGGGGGGCAUUCCUGCCCGCAACGCCAAGGGGGAGAGGCUGCUCCUCUACGUGGGCAUCAUCGAUGUGCUGCAGUCCUACAGGUUUGUGAAGAAGCUGGAGCACUCCUGGAAGGCCCUUGUGCACGAUGGGGACACCGUUUCUGUGCACAGACCCAGCUUCUAUGCUGAAAGAUUCCAGUGCUUCAUGUGCAACACAGUAUUCAAGAAGAUUCCCUUGAAGCCAUCCCCUUCCAAGAAGAGCCGCUCCGGCACCGCAGUUCCGAGGCGCAGCUGUCAGGGAGGAGUGCCUUCCCAGCUGCACGUGUCGUGUGAGACAAAAGCACAAGUCACGACAGAGGCGGAUGUGGAGCAAGGUUCCCACCUCGGCCGCCCGGAUCUCCUGCCCAGGACUCUGCCUGUGGACGAAGCCAACAGCGAUUCCGUCGCCACCACUUUGUCCACCUCCUCCUUGGGCAGCGGAGGUCUCCACUCGCCCGCAAACAGGUCAGUGGGCGUGCAGGUGCACAAAGCCGACAGCUCAGCAAAGGAUUUCGCUAGGACUGCUGCCUUCCUGUCUAGCAGCUCCCCAGGACCGUCAGUCCCUGAGCCCUCCUCGGAGCUGAGGGAGCAGCUGGAAGAGCUGCAGGAGACGGAGAUCAGCUUCUGAGGCAGCUCUGAGCCGACGCUGGCAGCAGGAGGCUCCGUGCUCUGCGUGGGCUCUGCGCGCUCAGCCCCCGUUGCUGACCUUCGUGGUUUUUAGUUUGUUUUUUGGUUCUUGGAUUUUUUUGUGUUUUUUUUUUUUUUUUUUUGUGGGGUUUUUUUUUUUUUUUUGGAAAUGUUACCUGGAAGCUGAGAGCCAGGCGGGCUGCGCAGGGCGGGCAGCAGAGCGCAUCGGCGGAGACCUCCAGGCACUGCGCCGCUGCCUGAGCCCAGGGCCUGAGCCGCCCUGAGGGGAGGAGGAGGAAGAGGAGGAACUGCUCCACUGGACUGAAGGCCUUUGGAAAAAGGCUCUGACCUCCAAGGCUCGCAAUGCUGCCACCACAAACUGCCGCCCGUGGGAGUUUUGGCCCCGCCGGCAGUUUGCCUCGGAGCCACGCGUUCACCUUUUGUAUUUCCAACGAGUUUUUAACGUCGGCGUUUCCUGCAGUUCAGCUCCAGCCCUUCCCCUCAGCACUGCGCCGCAGCUCUGCUCUGUGCGACCGCAGGCGGGGCCCUGAGCCGCGCUGUGCAGGAGGGCUGCGUGCCCUCGGCGCCCCGUUGCGGAUGCAGAUCUUUGCCCUGAGCCCAGCUGUGGGAAUCUGUCACCAUUUCUUCGCAGACGGACCCAACCUGGCAGCCCCACGGGGCUGAGCUGCGUUUGCACGGAACGCUUUUUGGUUUUAUUUUUUAGGAUAGGAAGCGACUCCAGCCGCGUUCCCAACGGGUUGGAAUCCUCCGUUGGUUUUUCUUUUUUAUAUAUUGGAGAAAAAAAGAAAAAAAAAAAAGAAAAAAAAAAAAAGCCAAGGGAUGUAAUUGUGCCCCUGCGGGGUUGCAGUGUGCAGAGGAGCCCAGGAGCGGUGGUGCAGAGGGCGGCGCUUUGCGGCGCUGUUUCGGAGCCGGCGCUGCCACCUCCCACCUCGAGUGGGCACUGAUAUUUUUUUAAGGAAAAAACAAAAACACCCAUGGAAAAAAAAAAAACAAAACAAAACCCAACAUCCCAACCCCCUUUUGGAUGUUAUUUCUUAGUUUUGUUUGAAAAGACCCCACGGAAUGGCCUUAUCCUCUGGGCAUCCAGACCCAGAGCGGGGUUCUGCGGCUCCCGGUGCCCCCGGUGCCGUCCCACGCCGACCCCACCAGCGCUGGGAGGAAGGUGGGCUCUUCCCCCGCUGCUGCCCUCACCUUACAGCCAAAAUAACUGUCUAUAUUAGACGCUGUUCUUACCUUCCCUCCCAUCUCCUGUAAUGGUUCGUGUUUCUCGUUCUGUUUUUUUUUUACCAGGAGGGAAGAAAACCAACUCCCCGUUCUUUUUUUCCCUAUGAUUUAAUAUUUAUGAAGUUGUAUUUAA